AUGUCUUUUAUAUACCGGAAAGUAUCCGAUCUUUUAGAAUGGGUUGAUACAAAUGGAGGUAAGGCUAUUGUAAUUUAUUAUUUUAGGUACAGAAUUAAACGUCGCCUAUAUUUUUAAAAAUCGAAUUUAUUAGUAUUAUAUAUAAUAAUAUGCAGGUGUCCUACCUACUUACGCUAAUAAUUCUGUCAAUAUUCAUUUUUUUUACAUAUUUUUUUUCUUUCAGGUUUUGUGCGAGGGGACACAUAUAUUAUAGAGACAAAUUUACUUAAUUUAUCACUUUUCACAAUUUUGUAAAAGAUUUAAAAAUUUUAAUGUUACAUACAUUCAUAUCUGAUCAAUAGCUUCUAAGUAUUAGCCGUUUUAAUUUCUAGAAAAAUAGCGUGAAAACAAUUUAUUUUAAAUAGAAUAACACGGUAAGAGGAAUUACCAUUGGCACAGUAAUCCCUUAUAUAUUCUAUUGAAUUUUAAUCGUUUUCACACCGAUUUUAUAGAAAUUAAAACGGCUAUUACUAAGAAGCUAUUGAUCAGAUAUAAAUGUGUGUUACAAUACAAUUUUCAGAUAAAUAUCUUUUAAAAAAUAGCUAUUUUGAAUAAUUUUAAAAGUGGAAAAGUAAAAAGUUAUUUUUUUCGAUUAUUAAGGGAUGAAAAUAAAAAUUUAAGUUUUCUCUACAUAUGUGUUCCCCUCGCACAAAACCCAAUUGAAAAAUUAAAUGUACAAUAAAAUUAAUAUUGACAGAGUUAUUAGUAUACGGAUAAUACCGCAGGACACUGUAUAUUAAAUAUACAUAUAAUUUACUUAGAAUUGUGAUACCACUCGUAUUUAAGUAAUAUGAUAUAAGUAAUUAUAUUUGGAAAAUUAAAUUUAUUAACAAAUUUAUAUCCGAAUUCACUUUUAAAUCAAUUUACAAGUAAUCCCGUGUUUUUAUCACAAACAUUUAUUGAGUAACUAUCAUGAAAUAAAUAAAAACUACUGGAGCUAUAAACCAAAUUAAGAAAUCAAAUUUUCACCAUAAAAAGGGAGAUCUUGUACUGUGUAACAUUGGUUUAUGUUUUCGAUAGCCAUUACCCAUUAGGUAUGUCCUACGAAAUAAUUUAUUCUAGUUUGAAUAAUUUUCAGUUAUUAACAAUUAUAACAGCUUUUUUUUUUUUAUUUGUUGUACCAACGAAAUAAAACUAACGUUGCACCGUGCAAGUACUUCUACUUAUGAUCAAAAUUUGAUUUAAAGCCCGAGUAGUUUUUGACCACGCGGUAGUUUUUGACCACCAAAACGGUCUUUAUAGACGAAUUACGGGUUGUAGUUCUUAAUGGAAACAAAAAUAGUACGGUAGAUACCUCUAUAAUGUAUUAACAAUUAAAAAUAUUAUAAAUCUACAAUGGCGUAGUCAGGGUUUAUCAAUGAGGGCGGCAUUUAGAUCGAUACAAUAGGUGAUAUACCUACAUAAAGUCCAAUAUGAUAUUACGUAUGCAACAAAUGAUAAUAACGAUUUUUAAUAGAUAAAGAAUGAUUGUACACAGACUGAUAACUAGUAUAGUUACCCGUCAUCCACGAUCUAGAGAAAAUCUUCUUAACAUUACCUAUCCUUAAAAAAAAAAGAACAAAAGUUGCAACACUCAAAACUACCCAGUCUACGCCACAGUAAAUCUAUCAGUAUUUGUCUGUUAUAGUGAUUGCUAAAAUUAUAAAUACUUAAUAAUACAUUACCCAAUAAAAUAUACAACUAAUUCAUUUCCAUACAAAUUGUAACUUGUAUUAUUAUUUUUAGAUCCAAGAUUAAAAGAAACAUGGUUAAUGGGUUCUCCGUGGCCAGUUUUCAUUAUUCUCAUCGCUUAUUUAUACUUUGUUUUGAAAGCUGGCCCAGAAUUCAUGAAAUCCCGUAAAGCUAUCAACAUUGAUCGUAUUGUAAUGGUGUACAAUGUCGUCCAAGUUUUAUUUUCAUUAUAUAUAUUGAAAGAGGUAGGUAACCAAAAUUAACAUCAAAUAACUCAAAAACUUUUAGUUCAAAUUUUGAUCAUAAUACGUCAGUGUUUUCAAAAAAAUUAUCUGAUUCACAACACUUCCUACAUGUUGAUUCUCAAUUGAAAAACCAAAAUUGAUAUCGCCAUAGAAGAUACUCCUUAAAUGUUAUGACAAAUCUAAGUAUUCAAAAAUAACGUUUUUAACUACACUAAAAAAUUUGAAAAAUCAGUAAUUAAUACAUAAUUUAAUCAUAAAAAUGGGAUCGGCAUGCUUAAAAAAAUCACUCUGUACAUAACGUCAUACCAAAAGUGACCAAUCGCGAAACUGUGUUUAAAAUGUCUUAUAAAUUCAUCCUUCUACACAUGUUCAAAAGAGAUGUGUCCACGUGAUAUAAAUAGUUUAUGAACCACUUGACACAUAAAAUUAUUUUUUAAAACCAAAAUCAAAAUAUCUAUCGCUAAAAUUGAAAAUUGAGUAAUUUCAAAUUUUCGUUCAGUAGAUCCAAUUUUGUGUUGUUAGUUUGAAUAUUACAAUAAAUUGGCCAAUUAUCAAACUUAAAGGUCUAUAAACAUUGUCUAAAAACGCAGAUAAUUUGUUUUUUUAAAUAUUUUAAUUUUUAAUCAAAACAUGAACAUGGAAAUUAUUGCAAUUUAAUAAUCUUUGUAUCUUGCUUGAAAAUUAAAAUUUCGAAUUAAACUAAUGUACAUGCAUAUACUCAACAACACAAUAUUAGUGUGCUGCUAGCAAUUUAAAAAAGCUAUCCUAAGAUAAUGGGGUCGGGUGCAGACACUGUUAUAAAUAAUUUAAUGUAUACCUGUAAGCAACGAUAGGCCAUUGCUAACGAAAAAACGAUUUUGAGCGGAGUUCAGUUGAGAGUGGUAUUUAGUCAACAAUUAUAUAUACCAUAUUAUGAUAAAAUAAUUAAUUAGGUAUUAAAUAUUUUCUUUAAUAACCUUUGUUCAAUGUACCGAUUUUCUCUUUUUUUCUACGUUUUUCCCGGAUUUCCCAUGUUUUUUCCCAGCGUCUUCCCAGUUUUUCAUAUUUGCUGGGAAAACUCUUGGGAAAAUCGAAAAAUGUAAAUUACUUUUCCAGUCAGAUUACCUUUUAGAAGAGUUGCUACUCUUAAAAAUCAGAGCACCAUUUCUGGUAGAAAAGUUGCGCACAGAUGAAAAAAACGUCUUUGUAAAUUCAUAUUAAACUUCUUUACUCCACUCAGAAUUUAAAACUUUGAUUUUUACUUAAAAAUUAAAAUAUCGUAAAAAACCAACACACAAACAUAGAAAAUGUUCUUACUUUUAAUUUUUGAUAAUAAAUCAAUUCACUCUAAUAUUAAAACUAAUAGAAUAAAAUCAAUGGAUUGAAGGAAAAGAGGACAUUAUCCAAUUUUCAACAUUGGCCAUAACAUAAAUACAAGAUAAUAUUUUUUCUAUUUUCGGCGAAUAAAAAUAAACUGAAACACACAUUACCAUUGUUAAAAAAUAAAUAACUAGUAUUUUACCUCCGAAAACCAUUCAGAAACUAUGAACCUACUUAAAUGAAAGUAAUUCAAUACUUGGAGCUUAUAAUUGCAGGAAUUUCGGUUAUUAUGGAUUCCAGGUAACUACAGACUCAUCUGUAUUGAAAUCGACAACAGCGAUACGUACAUGGCUAAAGAAGUAAUUUCAAUAAAAUUAUAAUGUGACGUACAUAAUAAUACAUACAAAAUAUGUGAUUAUUAAAAAUGAUUAAUUUUACAGAAAUUAUUCGUCGUUUGGUUUUAUUUCUUCUCUAAAGUAUUGGAUUUACUUGACACGGUAAUUUUCAAUUUUUCAAUAAGAUUGGUCACGGGGUGACCAAUCUAUCAUAAGACACUCAAUAUCUCAGAAAUUAUUACAUUUUUCUGGAAUUUAUUUUCAAGAACAUUUGAAUACCAACAUUUAUUUUAACUAAUACUUCGUUUAUUUAUGGAAUUCUUAAUAAAGAUUGCCAUUUGAAAAUCAAAAGUAGAUAAUGUUUUUACUCCUAAAAAUAAGGGUGACAAAAAAUAACAUAAAUUUAAAAUUGUAGCUUGUUUCUUAAAUGUUCUUGAAAAUAAAUUCCGGAAAAAUUUAAUAACUUCUGAGAUAAUGAGUGUCUUAUGAUAGAUUGAUCACUCUGUAUACUGUAUAUUAGAUAAUUAAUACCAUUCACACACACGUUUUUAAUCGGUUAUUUUAGAUAUUCUUCAUUUUACGUAAGAAACAAAAUCAAGUGACAUUUUUGCAUAUCUAUCAUCAUGCGAUGGUUUUGACAUUUAGCUGGGGUAUAUUACGAUUUUAUCCGGGUAAAAAAAAAUUGUUAAUUUUUUCCUAAUAAUAAUAAACCUAUACUUAAAUCAAUUGUUUAACGAUUUUAGGAGGACAAAUUGCUUUCUUUGGCACCAUAAACGCGUUUGUGCACGUUGUAAUGUACACUUACUAUUUUUUGACGGUAUUAAAACCAGAGUAUAAACAAGCAUGGUGGAAGAAAUAUUUAACUCAACUGCAACUGGUAAUUAAAUUUUAGAACAUUAAUAAUAAUAUUGCAUUUUUAUAUCAAUAACGCGAUAAAAAAGAAUUAUCUAUAUUCGGAACGUGCGUUUAUCUGUGGCGUAUGCCAUAAGAAACCACGUGUUAUCAGCGAUGGCGCGAGAAAAUCGCAAAAGCAUUAGCGUUUACGAUGUGACAAAAUCACGUGAGUGUGGUAAAGCUCUUAUUGAUCGUGGAUAUCAGAGUAAAGUAAUAAUAAAAAAAAGACGUCCUAAAAUAAUGGAGACGGGUGCAGCCACUGUUAUGAGUAAUUUAAUGUAUAUCUGUAAGCAACAAUAAACCAUUGCUUACGAAAAACUAUUCUGAACGUAGUUCAGUUGAUAGUGAUGCUUUAACAACAAUAUAUAUGUCAUAUUAUGUUAAAAUAAAUAAAUAGGCAUUAUAUAUUUUUUUUAAUAGUAUUUGUUUAAUAUUGUACCAAUUUCCCCAUGUUUUUUUUUUACGAUUUUUACCAUUUAUUGGGAAAACUCUUGAGAAAAUCGAAAAACUACCUCAUAUAAGUACCUUCCUAAUUACAAUUUUAUUCAGAAAAAGUGCUAUAAUUUUAAAUCAGAGCGAAAUUGUUGGUAGAAAAGUUGUACACAGGAAAAGAAGACCAUAAUAUAUUUUUACUAAUACCUACAUUUCGUAAAUUUUCCGUUUUUUUGAAAUUUUAUCUCGGUUUUUCCCAGAAAUUAUGGAAACCGAUUGAAAAAUUAAAAAACGACUUCUUUAAAUUACUAUGGAGAUAAAAUUUUCUUUCAGAAUAUAAGCUAUACUUGAUUCUUCGGAGCAAGAUUUCUGAUAGAGAAGUUUGCAUAACAAAUCGAGGGGUAUUUUGUAAUAAUAAUAGUCCGUAGGAGCCCGAUGGUUUGGAUCUCUAUGUACAUCCAAAAUGCAUUCACUUUUCUUGUUUAGCUAAAAGGGGAAGAAUGCAAAAUAUUUUUCUUCGACAUACUGUUUUGAACUUGGAACUCCUAGUAUGAUAAUAGGCAUAAGGUGAAUAAUUAUUAUUAUGAUGAAUUUUUGAUGAUUAUUAUAAUAUAUGAUAAUGAUUAUUAUAAUAAAGAGUUAAUUAACAUAACAUAUAAUAUCAGAAUUUCAAAAAGUUAUAAUUUUGAAACUUAUUCCACUUAAUUCUGAUUUUACCAUCAUUUUUAAACCGGCAAUAUACAUGUUUGAAAAAAAAAAUUGAAAAAUUAGAUUUGUUUCACAUAAUAUUUUCGUCAAAAUUUGAUAUUAAAAUUCCUUUAUAAAAAAAAAUAUUACAUUUAACUCAAUUUUUUUUUAUCACAAAGUAAGACUCUUAAUGAACUUGCUGUUAAAUUUUAAAACAUCUUUUUAAGUCUAACAAUUUUACCAUAGAAUACCUACCGAAUAAAUAUUACGUACAAAACUCUCAAAAUUAAAAUAUCUAAUAAUAGCUCAAAAAUGGCUUAAAUUUUGUGAAAAUUUCAUCACGUCUAGAUAUAGCAAAUAUAAGUUUUUGUUUAAAUUUUAAGUCCAUUCAGUUGAUACGAAUAUUUUUAACUGAAUAACAACAAAUAACGAAAUUGGUAAAAUAAUAAUAGCAUUAAUUUCGUACAUUUCCCGUUAUUCUUACGUUUUAUCCUGGUUUUUCUCAGAUAUUAUGAAAACAGCUUGGAAAAUCAAAAAAUUACCUCUUCAAAAGUACCAUCUGGACAACAUUCCCUUUUAGAAAUGGUGCCGUGCGUAUAUAUCUAGGCAAGAUUUAUGGUCGAAUUUUUGUACACAGUAUAAAAAAAAAAAUUAAUUAAACAUCUUAUUAAAACCAUUACAUUCUUCGGUAUACUCAGAAUCUAAAAGAAGGUAAGAUAAUAGGGACGGGUGUAGCCACUGGUGUAGGUGGGGAAAGUUGUGAAGGUAGAAUAUAGACAGGAAUUCAAUGGAUAUCUGUAAGCAACGAUAAACCAUUACUUAAGAAAAAACGAUUCUGAGCAGAGUUCAGUUGAUAGUGAUGCUUUGUCAAUAUAUAUGUCAUUUUAUAGUAAAAUAAUUUAUAGGUUUUAUAUAUUUUCUAAAACACGAUUGGUUUAAUGUUGUACCGAUUUUAUCGAUUUCCCUACGUUUUUCCCGGUUUUCACAUAUUUUAUCCCGGUUUUUCACAUUUGCUAGGAAAACUAUUAGAGAAAUCAAAAAGUAAACUUUUAAAGUACCUUCUUAGUGAAAUUUCAUUUUAGAAACAUUGCUAUCAUAAAAAGUUGGAGCAAAUUUGCUGGUUAAAAAGUUGUGCACAGAAAAAAAAAGAAGGCCGUAAUAUUUUAACUAAUACCUAUAUUUCUUAUAUUUUAACGUUUUAUUAGUGUCGUUUUCCGUGUUUGAGAAUACGAAUUUUCCUGAAAAAUGUGUAAAUUGUAAAAAUACGUAUUAUAUAUAUGUUAUAUAUAAACGUAUUAUUACCUUCUCUUAUAGAAUAUAAUAAUAACAAUGUAAAUUUUUACAGAUUCAAUUUGUAGCUACUGGAAUUCAUGGUCUUGCGGGCCUGUUUGCAGCCAACUGCAGUUACCCGAAAUCUAUAGUACUGCUAACGCUGACACAAGAUGUAUUCAUGUUCUUUUUGUUCUGGGACUUUUACAAAAAAGCUUAUAUGAAACCAAUAAAAAAUAAAAAUACAUAA